ACUACCACUACUACCACUACUACAAUUACAACUACAACCACUACCACAACUACAACUACAACCACUACUACUACUACUACUACCACUACCACUACUACAACUACAACUACAACCACUACCACUACAACCACUACCACUACAAUCACUACCACUACUACAACUACAACUACUACCACUACCACUACCACUACCCUUCAGUCUCACACCUCCACGUCACCCUCCCCUUCAGUGUCCCACUCUCCCACAUCACUGACCUCCCCCGACACAUCAAAUUCUCUCUCAAUCAAUGAAAGGGAUGCAGACUUCUUUGAAAACUCAAUAGCUGAAAAGCGGCUGGACCUGACAAUGUCUCCCCCUCCACCCUGA